UUUCAAUUUAACAAAAGUGAGUAAUAAAGUUGUUGAUUGGGUUGCAUUAGAAAUUAAAAGAAAAAUUAUAAAUUGAGUGUUUAAAAAUUGAAAAAUAAUAUAUAAAUUAUUUUUAAAAGGGGACAGAGGUGUUAAAUAUUCACCAUGACUUAUCAAAUGCCUCCUCAAAAUCGUACGAUGCCGCACAAUCAAUACAAUCCACCAGAUUUACCAAUGGUGUCGGCAAAGGAGCAAACUUUAAUGUGGCAGCAAAAUUCAUAUAUGGGAGAUUCAGGAAUUCAUUCAGGUGCUGUCACUCAAGUGCCAUCAUUAAGUGGUAAAGAAGAUGAUGGUAUGGAUGGUGAUCCGUUGAUGUUUGAUUUGGAUCAAGGUUUUCCACAAAAUUUUACACAAGAUCAAGUUGAUGAUAUGAAUCAACAACUAAGUCAAACACGUUCUCAAAGAGUACGAGCUGCUAUGUUUCCUGAAACAUUAGAAGAAGGAAUUGAAAUUCCAUCAACACAAUUUGAUCCACAACAACCGACUGCUGUUCAACGUCUGUCUGAACCAUCGCAGAUGUUAAAACAUGCCGUUGUAAAUUUAAUUAAUUAUCAAGAUGAUGCUGAGUUGGCUACACGUGCCAUUCCUGAAUUAAUAAAAUUAUUGAAUGAUGAAGAUCAAGUUGUUGUAUCACAAGCUGCAAUGAUGGUACAUCAAUUAUCAAAGAAAGAAGCUUCACGUCACGCUAUUAUGAAUAGUCCUCAGAUGGUUGCAGCUUUAGUUCGUGCAAUAUCGAAUAGCAAUGAUUUGGAAACAACUAAAGGGGCUGUCGGAACUUUACAUAAUUUAUCUCAUCAUCGUCAAGGUUUAUUGGCUAUAUUUAAAAGUGGUGGUAUACCAGCACUAGUAAAAUUAUUAUCGUCACCGGUAGAAUCUGUAUUAUUUUAUGCUAUAACUACCUUACAUAAUUUACUUUUACAUCAAGAUGGCUCUAAAAUGGCGGUUCGUUUAGCUGGGGGUUUACAAAAAAUGGUCACACUCUUACAACGUAAUAAUGUAAAAUUCUUAGCCAUUGUUACUGAUUGUUUACAAAUUUUGGCAUACGGAAAUCAAGAAAGCAAAUUAAUUAUAUUAGCUUCUGGCGGUCCUAUCGAAUUGGUUCGUAUCAUGCGCUCAUAUGAUUAUGAGAAAUUGUUAUGGACAACAUCUCGUGUAUUGAAAGUUUUAUCUGUUUGCUCAAGCAAUAAACCAGCAAUUGUCGAUGCUGGUGGAAUGCAAGCAUUAGCAAUGCAUUUAGGCAAUCAAUCUGCGCGUUUGGUGCAGAAUUGUUUAUGGACUUUACGUAAUUUAUCUGAUGCCGCAACGAAAGUUGAUGGGAUGGAAGGAUUACUCCAAAGUCUUGUUCAAGUAUUGGCCUCAACUGAUGCAAAUGUUGUUACAUGUGCUGCUGGAAUUUUAUCAAAUCUUACUUGUAAUAAUCAACGUAAUAAAGCGACAGUUUGCCAAGUUGGAGGAGUUGAUGCCUUGGUUCGAACGAUUAUCAAUGCUGGUGAUCGCGAGGAAAUUACAGAACCAGCAGUAUGUGCAUUACGUCACUUAACAUCCCGUCAUGUUGACUCCGAAAUGGCUCAAAAUGCCGUUCGCUUAAAUUAUGGUUUAUCAGUUAUUGUAAAACUUUUGCAUCCACCAUCCAGAUGGCCAUUAAUCAAAGCUGUUAUCGGAUUAAUUCGUAAUUUGGCUCUUUGUCCCGCAAAUCAUGCACCAUUAAGAGAACAUGGGGCAAUUCAUCAUUUGGUUAGACUCUUGAUGAGAGCUUUUCAGGACACAGAGAGGCAACGAUCCUCCGUCGCAAGCACUGGAUCGCAACAACCAUGUGCUUAUGCAGAUGGGGUUCGUAUGGAAGAAAUUGUUGAAGGAACUGUGGGAGCUUUACAUAUUCUGGCAAGAGAAUCACAUAAUCGUGCUCUAAUACGCCAACAAACGGUUAUUCCAAUAUUUGUCCGUUUACUUUUCAAUGAAAUUGAAAAUAUACAGCGAGUUGCUGCUGGCGUUUUAUGCGAACUGGCAGCUGAUAAAGAAGGAGCUGAAAUAAUAGAACAAGAGGGAGCGACUGGGCCUUUAACAGAUCUUUUACAUUCACGAAAUGAAGGUGUUGCAACAUAUGCCGCUGCAGUACUAUUCCGUAUGAGCGAGGAUAAACCUCAAGAUUAUAAAAAACGAUUAUCGAUUGAAUUAACAAAUUCUUUGUUACGUGAAGAAAGCAAUAUAUGGGAUAACACAGAUUUAGGCCUGGGGCCUGAUUUGCAGGAUAUGCUUGGGCCAGAUCAAGCAUACGAGGGUUUAUAUGGACAAGGCCCUCCCAGUGUUCACAGCUCACAUGGAGGUCGAGCCUUCCAGCAAGGAUACGAUACUUUACCGAUAGAUUCAAUGCAAGGCCUUGAAAUUGGUAGUAAUGCUGGUGGUGGGAAUGUUGGUGGUGGUGGUGUUUGUGGCGGUAUUGGACCCCCGAUGGGAGCCCCAACAUCGCCAUAUGCAAUGGAUAUGGAUGUUGGUGAAAUUGGAGCAGGUGAAUUGAAUUUUGAUCUGGAUGCUAUGCCAACACCACCUAAUGACAGCAAUAAUUUGGCAGCUUGGUACGAUACUGACUGUUAGAUUUAUGAAACUAACAAAACAAAAACCACAAAAAUAAAAAUUUUAACAAAACUUUUUAAUUAUAAAUCAUAUCAUAAAAAGAAAAAUAUUUUAACUAUAUUUUUUUUUGUCGUUUAUAUUAUAAUUUAAAAAAUAAUAACACAUAUUUAAGUGUUCAUUUAGAUAUUAAGAAUUAAAAACAAAAUCAUCUACAACAAUUAAAAAAUAUAAUAUAAUUGAAACCCUAUUUUUUAAAUUCAUUUUGAAAAACAAAAAAAAAAACAAAUAUCAAAGGUAAAAUGAUUAAGCAAAUAAAAUUUCAUACUGAUUUUUAAUCGAAAACAAAAAUAUUCCAAAAUAUUUUUAUGAAAGUUAAAUAAAUAAUUUCAAUGUAUGAAUUUAAAUGUGUAACCGAUAAUGUGAAAUUGCCGAUCGACGGUCACUAAUUGGCAAUCACCAAUUUAUGCUAAAAAAUACUUUUUAAUAUAACAACUUUCGUAUACAAGUUUUGCAUGCAACUGCUUGGUUUAACAACAUAUUAUUUUUGAUUUGAAUAUUUCUAGAAUUAGAUUUCAUUCAAUAAAAUUCACUUAUCCACUUCAAAAUAUUCCAUUUUGCACAAAAAACAAAAUCUACAGUUGAAAUUUUUUUAUUAUAAAAUUUAAUUAAUAUGAAAUUUUUUUUAAAAGGAUUUUAACAAUAUGACAGGCAAAAUAAAUCUUGUUACAAUACAAAUGUAGACAUCAGCUGUUGACAACAUUAAAAAUUACAAUGCUUUUGUUAAUUGAUUGUAAUAUCAAUUAAGAUGCAAAAGAAUUCAACGCGCAUUUCAUAUUAUCGAUUACAUUUUCAAUAAUAGGGUAACGAUGAUAAUCUUUUUUUUCCUUAACAUUAAGAUUUGCAUUUAAAUUUUAAGAAACAAAAUUACAAAAAAAAAAAAAAAUUAAAUCAAUUUCAAAUAUACUUAAAAUAAGAAAUUGAAAAAAAAAUAUUAAAUGUAUUAAUAAAAAAUUUACAAAUUUAUGAUUAAGUUAAAAAAGCGAAAACAAUUUUUUCUUUCUUUGAUUUUAAGAAAACACAAAUCCAAUUGUAUUGAAUCUAUUUUUAAUAUAAAAUAUAAUAACAUUGCCUUUUAUUUUAUAAAAUCAUCAUAUCUUCCGUUUGAAACACAAUACAAAAAAAAAAGUAAUAAGAAUUUUAAAAUAUUUUAUAUAAAAUUAAGGACAUUAUAUUAAAAAAAUAAUAUACAAAUUUCAAAAACAAAUGUAAUCUUUUUCUUUUGUUUUUUUUUUUUAUUAUUAUUAUUAAUCAAAUAAACAAAUACAUACUUUUAUUUUAUAGUUUUUUUUUUAUUUUACCCAUUAGAUUUUUGUAUUAUGUCACAAGAAAAUAGCGACAAAAACACGUACAAGAAAAAACAGAAAAUAAAGAUCAUAAGGUUCAAAAAUUUCCUUCUAUGUAACAAUAUUCAUGUAGGAAUUUAAUGCUAUACGGACACUCUAUGAAAAGAAUAUGAUCUCAUCAAAUUUCAUAUUUUGCGGUUGUUGUAAAAUAUUAUUCAAUUAAAUUAUUAUUCUCUUGUAUUUUAAUUUCUUUUUGGUCGAACGCUUGAACAUUAAAAAGUUCUAUAACUUAUUAGUCUUUGUGAUAAUGUUAAUAAAAGAUUAAUUUCGAUAUUUAAAAAUAUUUUAAUAAUUUUUACAAUAUUAUUUUCAAAAAUUGUUACUAAAUGCAAAUUUAUUAAUAU